AUUUCCCAUAAUGCUUCUCGCUUCAGAAUAUACGUGUUUCUUUUGCGACCAGCUUUCAUGCGCAGAAGUUGACCUACAGUCUCUGAAGAAAAUGGCAGCAUUAGGACUGGGGCUGCAGGUGCGUCAAUUCAGCACGUCGGUUCUCCGACAAGCUUUGAUCAGGCCCCCUAUCGACGUGUAUGGGGUCGGAGGUCGCUAUGCCACAGCCCUGUUCUCUGCUGCCAGCAAGCAGAAGAAACUGGAACAAGUAGAGAAGGAGAUGAGGACGUUGUCGGCUCUGAUCAAGGACCCCAAGCUGUCCAGUAUUGUGAUGAACCCUCAUGUCAAGCGCAGCCUCAAGCUGAAGUUCUUUGGUGAUGCCAUGAUGAAGGCAAAUCUCUCCCCAAUAACAGUUAACCUCAUCACUGUGUUGGCAGAUAAUGGCCGUCUGACCCUGACCGCAGAUGUAGUUGGCGCCUUUGCGAAAAUGAUGAGUGCUCACCGUGGCGAGGUCAUCUGCACUGUCACCACCGCACAUCCCCUGGAUGAGGCUAACCUGGCAGAGCUGAAGGUGGCUCUGAACGGCUUCCUGGCAAAGGGAGAGACACUCAUAUUAGAGACCAAGUCUGAUGCCUCCAUCCUGGGUGGUAUGAUUGUCAGCAUAGGAGAUAAGUAUGUGGACAUGUCCACCAAGACAAAGAUCCACAAACUGACCAAGAUCAUCAGAGAUAGUUAAGUCCAUUGCCCCGUCCAGAGUCAUGGGAAUGUUUCUCUGCUUCCUGCCACCUAUACAGCGCUAUGUCCGCUAAAAUCCUGUCUAGUUGUGUUCGUAAUAAAAUAUUCUGUAACAUACAAA